AUGGCUGUGGCCAACCGUCUUGUUGCUCACAAUGAUGUCACCGCGCUCAAAGGUGCUUUCGGCAACAUGGGAAAGAUUAUUGGUACGAUGGAGGCAGCGUGCGAUGCCUUUGCAGCACACGUCGAUGUCCCGCCCAAUGCCGUACAGACUUUAGAUUCUCAAAUCAAAGGAGCCAUCCCACUUGUCCCUUCCAACCACGUAUACGAUGACAACGGCCAGGAGGUGUGCGAUGCUCUCACAGGCUUCCUGAUCUCGCUCGUUUCGGCCUUCGAGUGUAUCAUUCGCCUCAACAACGAUUUCAAAUCGGUCGGCAUCCUCCCCGUCUUUUGCUUUAUCACAGAGAACUUUGCGAAGGAUAUUAUGGCUUUAAUCAAUGAUAUUGUUUCUUCUACCCCGGUGUGCUAUUUGAUUUUUGAUUCAUGA